AAGUAGAACGACGAAUCCACUCUCAGGCCACCGUAGGUCCGUAUCGCUCCUCUCCGAUUCCCGCACCGCGUUCCGCUCCGUACGCAUUUCGGCCGUUCCCCAAUCUCCUCCCAGCGAUUUGCCUUGCCGAGGUCGCCUUGCCUUGCCGCUGUUCCCGAGCGCGACGCCGCGCCGCCCCUGCCCUGCUAGGCUGCUACAGAGGAGGAGAACCCCAUAUUUUCCCACCCCCCCAAUGGCAACGCGCGCGCCGCCGCAGUCUUCUUCGACCGGAUCCGUGACGGUGACGAUCGACCCGUCCCCCUCGUCGUCGUCCUCCUCCGCCCCGCCCGCGUCGGCGCCGGCCCCGGCCCCGGCUCCUGAGUCGGUGGUGCUGCGCCUCAAGCGCCGGGCCAAGAAGAAGGUGUCGUGGAAGGAGGGGACGGUGGACAACGAGGGCCUCGGCCGCAAGAGCUCUAAGAAGUGCUGCAUAUUCCACAAGGAGGUCCCCUUCGACGAGGACUGCAGCGACGACGAGGCCCCCGGCGGCGGCGGCGGCCACCGGUGCCCUCGCCCUCAUGGUGACGCCGGCGAGGGGACCAGCGGAUGCUCGUCUUCUUCCCACGACCAUGGCCACCACUGAUCUCCGUGCGUGUUACUCGUUCUUCUCUAUCCUCCUUAGGUAUCGGACCACAAUAGAUGCUUAUAUGUUUAAUUAAUCUGGCAUCAUGUAAUUAGUUGAGUGAAAACACCAAAUUCGUGCUCUAUGGUUGGGAGACGCAUGUUUUUUAUGGGUACAAUUGUUGUAUUGGUGCUUGGCGACCAAACAUGGCAAUCGUUUUGCUGAAUUCAAUGUUGACACCUAUGUUUUGCUUAAUACGAUUUGAACUUUGAAGCC